AGAUGAAGCAAAGGAGAAAUUCUCUUAAUCAUCUCGACACUAUUGGUCUCUCUUUCCAUUUCGGGCAGAAUUGGCAGCUGAUUUAUCACACACUGACACACUCGUAUAUAUACAAUGUGUGCGAAAAUUCAAACAAUCAGUAUUGCUCGAAACCUAGUGUGCGGUGGCGCUGCUAGAGCAAUCGGAAAAUCAUUUGCAUCGAGGAACAUGGCAACCGCCACGACGGCAGCACAUGAAAAUCUUCUCACCGUCGGCAGUAAAAUCAUCGCCGUCGGUCGUAACUACGCCGCUCAUGCCAAAGAACUCGGUAACGCAGUACCUAAGGAGCCAGUGUUGUUUAUGAAGCCCACAUCCUCGUAUUUGAUGAACGGAGGGACAAUCGAAGUUCCUCAUCCAUUGGAAUCACUGGAUCACGAGGUGGAGUUGGCAGUUGUGAUAAGCCAAAGAGCUAGGGAUGUACCUGAAGCCACUGCUAUGGACUAUGUUGGAGGUUAUGCACUUGCUUUGGAUAUGACUGCGAGGGAGAUCCAAGCUACUGCAAAGUCUGCAGGCCUGCCGUGGACUGUUGCUAAGGGCCAAGACACAUUCACUCCUAUCAGCUCGGUUGUAAGAAGUUUUGGCAAUUUACCUAAGUCGAUGGUGCCAGAUCCCCAUGAUAUAGAAUUGUGGCUGAAGGUUGAUGGAGAAAUUCGGCAAAAAGGCUCGACAAGUGAUAUGAUAUUCAAGAUCCCAUUUUUGAUUAGCCACAUAAGUUCGAUCAUGACUCUUCUUCAGGGAGAUGUUAUUUUAACUGGGACUCCCAAAGGAGUUGGCCCUGUUAAGGUAGGCCAAAAGAUUGAUGCUGGCAUAACGGGUUUCCUGGAUGUUCACUUUGAUGUUGGAAGACGCCCAGGAGCAAAACAACAAUGAUUCACCAAGAGUUAGCUUCUUUUUUCUUUGUUGUAUACUUGAACCACUUCUUUGUGGACAAUUCUUUCUUUUUCCUUUUAAGACAUCCCGGAUAUGUUGUACAAUAAUAAAAACACUAACAUUAAACAUUUAGAACUGCUUGUAUGUUUUCUGAAAAAUUACAAGUUGAAAUAGCAUGAUGCUCGACUUUGUUUUUCA